AUGUUUGCAAAUCAUAAUAAAUAUUACUUGAGAGCCUUAAUAAAAAAAUGUUUUUUUAGUACAUCUCAUUCUUUUUCAUCAAAAGAUAAUAUAAAAAAAAUUCAGGAAUUUCGUAAAUUAACAAAUUUAUCUUUCGGCAUUUGUAAAAAUGUUUUAAAUAAAAAUAAUUAUAACAUUGAGAAUAGCAUAAAUUAUAUUUUUCAAAACUUUAGAACAAAUUUUGAGAAUAAAAAAAAGGAAUUAACGGAGGGAUAUUAUUGCUUAAAGUUGAAGAAUAAUCAGAUAGGAUUAAUUGAGUUAAAUUGUUACAAUGAUUUAAUUUCUGAAAAUAUAUUUUUUAAAGAAUUAUUAGUUAAUUUAUGUAACAACUUAAUAGAAGGUUGUACAAGUAAAAAAAUAAGUAAAGAAUAUUGGGAUAAGGAAAAUAUUCCUCAUUAUUUACAUCUUUUUUAUAAAGAUAAUAAAACGAAUGUUGACAAAAAGUUGGAAAAUGUUAAUGAUACAAAUAUUUUUAAACAUAUUUAUUUUAAUAGAAGCAUUAAUCAAUUAAUUAACUACACAUCAUUAAUUUUAAAUGACUAUAUAUUUUUAAGAAAAUAUCUAACACUUAAUUUAGAUAAUAUACAUAAAGAGAACGCAUAUAUAAUAAAAAAUUAUUACUAUCAUAAAGAAUUAAGAAUAGAAGAUUUUAUUUUGUGUAAGGGAUUUUCAUUUGCAUUUUUAUUUAUUAAAUCAAAAAUAGAUAUUUCUGAAAAUACGAAACACAUUUUAGAAAAAUUAUCUUUUCUUAUAUGUGUAAAUAUAUUAAUGUAUAAACCAAAUUACUGCUCAAUAUCAUAUGAAUUUAAUAUUUUUGAAUGUUUUAAACCAUAUUUCAACAGUUCUUAUACUAAAUUUUUGGGAUCAAAAGAAAAUAAAAGGAUAAAUGAAUUAAGUAUGGAACAACUAGGAGAAAUAGACAAUAAUAAACAAAAUGUAGAAAAUACUGAUGACUUAAUGAAAAAAAAUGUUCAAGCAAUUCAUAUAUUAAGUGAUUGCCUAGAGAAAGGAAAUUAUAAAACACUAAACUCACUUAAAAAGAAAAAUAUAACAUUUUUUGAACUAAUUACAUUAUUAGAAGAGGAAUUAAAUAUAAAAAUUUAUACUAAAAUAAUAUAUUCUUUACUUAACGAAGAUAUUAUUAUUUUAUAG